AUGGAGACGCAAGGCAAUUCUCUUCAACAGGUGGACCUAAGCCAUCCCAGUGAGGAUGCAAUGUCACCUAAAAUGGAUUUAGAGGCUGCAUUGAAGGAAUGCACCACCGCCCUCGAGCUUUUUCUGAACAACAGGUUUGCUGAUGCUUUGGCUCUCUUAAAACCCCGGAAGAGUCAGAGCAUGUACCACUCAAUGGGCUACAGCAGCAUCUUGGUGAUGCAGGCAGGCAUGACCUUUGAACCCAAGGACAUGGAUGCUGCCAUGACAUCACUGAGUGAAUCCCUGCAGACAUGCCAGAGAUUUCGUAAGAAAACUGGAAUAGUGGAGACUUUAACCAGCCUGUGGUAUAGACAACCAGCUGAAGACCCAACUGAAGAGGAGAUGCAUGCAGAGCUGUGCUAUGCUGAAGUCCUCCUGCAGAAAGCAGCUCUCACGUUCCUGGAUGAGAGCAUCAUCGGCUUCAUCAAAGGAGGGAUGAGAAUCCGAAACAGCUAUCAGAUUUACAAGGAUUGCCAGGCCUUGGUGAAUGUCAGAAAAGACUUGGAAAAGCAGCAGGACACGCACAUUCAUUUUAGGGGCGGUGUCAACAUGGGCAUUGGAUCAUUUAACCUGAUGCUGUCUCUGCUCCCGUCCAGAGUGCUCAGACUGAUGGAGUUUUUGGGCUUCUCAGGAGACAGGGAAAUGGGAUUGUCAGAGUUGAGACAGGGGGCAGCCAGCAACAGUCUGCGCUCUAUCCUGAGCACCCUGACUCUGCUGAUGUUUCACCUCUACAUUACAGUGAUUCUGGGUAUCGGUGAAGGAAACCUCACUGAGGCCGAAGCUCUGCUGAAGCCCUACACUGAAAGGUUCCCUAAUGGAGCCCUAAUGCAUUUCUACACUGCAAGAAUUGCUUUGCUCAAAGGAAACUUCACGUUUGCGCAGGAGAAGUUUCUGGCAUGUAUCGCAGCACAGCAGGAGUGGCGUCAGAUUCACCACCUGUGUUACUGGGAGCUGAUGUGGGCCUACUCCUUCGAGCUGAACUGGAGGGAGGCAUAUCGAUACGCUGACCUGCUCUGCAAAGAGAGCAAGUGGUCACAGGCCAUCUAUGUAUUCCAGAAAGCUGCCAUCUUGAGCAUGCUACCAGAGGAAGAAGUGACAAAACUGGGAGAAAAUGUGGUGCAAUUAUUCAGGCAGGUGGAUGGUCUCCGGCUGAGGAUUGCUGGGAAGUCAAUUCCAACAGAGAAGUUUGCAGCAAAGAAAGCACAGCGAUACUCUUCCUCCAACCCUGUGAAACUAGUCGUCCCUGCUUUGGAGAUGAUGUACGUGUGGAAUGGUUUCACAGUAGUUGGCAAGAGACCCGAGCUGACUGAAAGCAUCUUGGCCACAUUGGAGGCAGCAGAGGAGCAGCUCAGAUGCGAUUCAAACGUAUCGGAGCAUCACCUGGACGACCAGUGUGUCGUCCAGCUGCUGAAGGGCCUGUGUCUGAGACAGCUGGGGCGUCUGGUCCAGGCCGAGAUCUGCUUCAAUCAUGUCAUUGCCAGUGAAAAGGAUAUCAAGCAUGACAACUACCUGGUGCCAUUCACCAUGUUUGAGCUGGGCCUGCUGCACAAGGAGAGAGGUGACAUCGCCACGGCCAUCACCGUGAUAGAAAAUGCCAAGAUGAACUACAAAGACUACAACAUGGAGUCGAGGCUACACUUCCGCAUCCACGCAGCACUCAACACCAUGGGCACUUUUUCAGCCAAACUUCCCCCUUCACGUACGCCAGCUUAA